CUGAAAGAUGUCAAAAAGGUACUUUCAUUGCGCGGUUCGUGGGAAUGGUAGUAAACUAGAAUCCGAUUCUACUUGAGUAACAAGUUUACUUGAAAAAUAAUCGAUUUUUGAGACUCGACCUUUAUUUUCAGAAUCGUUCAAGAAUCGAAUUUUGACAUUUCAAUUUACAGGACCACGUGGGGUGAAGGCGUUAUAGAGGAUCGGACAAAGAUAAAUAUGCAAUCUACAGGGGCACGUGGGGUCAGUGCUGCAAAUUGUGGUGAGAAAACAUUGCUGCUGGCUUGCUUUAAGGAAACACUGUCGGAUCUUUAUCUGCUACAAUAUAACAAAGCUGAGAAUAAGUGGCAGGAAUAUGCGAGUAUAGAAAUCGAUUAUAAAUAUUAUAGAACUAUUUUAAAGGAUGAUAAUAUAUUAUUUAUUGGCGGUGAGAGAAAUAAUGAACCACCCAGAUCACUCACUCAGAUCGUCCGCAGCUGGAAUAUAAGGAAUAAGACAUGGCAAGAUUUACCCGCCAUGGGUACAGCAAGAUCCUCGCACUGCGUUGUCGAAUUAGAUGAUAAAAUUUACGCGAUUGGUGGUGUUAAGAAUUGCUCUGACCCUCUGUCGUCGGUGGAAAGAUAUACGACAUCCGAUGGUUGGAAGUCCGUGAAGAGCUUGAAUGUUGGACGAUAUAACGCAAAUGCAGUGGCUUUGAAUGGCAAAAUCUAUAUAAUAGGCGGUUUAGGAGAUCACUUGUUAAAAUCCGUCGAAUGUUACAACCCGGAUUCGGAUACUUGGACUUCUUGCCCGGAUAUGAAUGAAUACCACCUUGUGCCUGCUGUAGCUGCGCAUAAUGGUCACAUUUAUGUUUUCGGCGAUUACGGCAACAAUAAGGACACUAUUGAACGCUACAAUCCUCAGCGAAAGACAUGGUCUAAUAUUUGCCCUUUGAAUGAUGAGUGGGGUUGUAAAGCUUGCGUAUCGCUCGAUAAUAAACUAUGGGCUAUUGAUAGAAACGCUGUAUCAGUCUAUGACGAGGAAAAUGACCGUUGGGAACAAAAGUACUCAUCACCCAAAAUUGAUAUUCGUUCCUGUUUUAUUGUGCCUGCAGACUUACUGACAUCGAAAUGAAUAACCAGUAUUAAUAAAUAUAUUUUUUGUAGUAAAUUCUCUUAUAAUAAAUACCAAAAUAUCUAA